GCAAGCAAGGCAAUAGCGGAUAUAGUUCGUACAACAUUAGGUCCAUGCUCAAUGCUAAAAAUGUUAUUAGAUCCUCUUGGAGGUAUUGUUAUUACUAAUGAUGGGAACUCUAUACUCAGAGAGGUAAAUAAUUAA